AUGGUGUCAGCUCCAGAGCUGAAAAAGUAUAUGGAAAAAAAGGUGUAUCUCCAAUUAAACGGAUCCAGGAAACUUGUUGGUGUUCUUAGAGGCUACGACAUUUUCUUGAAUGUGGUUCUCGACGACGCAGUAGAAAUCAAGCCAGACGGCUCAAAAGCCGCGAUGGGCUCGCAGACAGUUGUGCGAGGAAACUCGAUUGUUGCGUUAGAGGCAUUGGAAACACUGGCUUAG